CGUAUUCUGUGAGACUGCAGCGAAACGAACGGACUGAUCCUGUAGAGGACUAACAGUGAUCACAUUCACACACUGAUACUAACUAACCCGGUACCUGGACUACAUCAGCCCGGCUGACAGGAUUUAACGCGACAUGGUAACAGUAACACCACCAGCAGCCCUAUGUGUCCUCCUCUUUGUCUUCACUGUCUCUGCCUCAGGCUCCUUUCCCCGGGCACAGAAUGUCACUUGGAAAUCCACCAACUUUAAAACCAUCUUGACCUGGGAGCCCAAACCAUCAGCUGAUUACUCUUACACGGUGGAGUUCUCCUCGGUUGGUGGAAACAAGCAGAGGAGUCCUCACUGUAUCCAGUCCACAGGGACAGUCUGUGAUCUGUCCAGCCAACUAACGGACCUGAACGCCUACUACACAGCUGACGUCAUGUCUCAACCCCCGCUGGGGGUCAACUCGGACCUCAUCGAGUUCCCUCACACCAGCUCACCGCGGUUCUGCCCCUACAAAGACACUGAUAUAGGCAGACCUGACUUCAAGCUGAUGGUAAGCGAGGACAAAAAGAAGACCACCCUGUUUGUGACCGACCCAAUCACCGCCCUGUUUAAAGAUGACCGCCAGCUGAACAUCAGGGACGUCUUUUCCAAUCAGCUGCGGUAUAAAGUCACCUAUCGGAAAAAUAAGAGCACCGGCAAGAAAGAGCACAUCUCUGAGACCAACGUGAUAGAGCUGACCGGUCUGGACCGAGGGGAGAGCUACUGCUUCAUGGUCCAGGCCUUCAUUCCCAGCCGCACCGACAAGAAGCUGGGAGAGCUGAGCCACACCCAGUGCUCCAACGAUGACAACCCGUCCAUCCUUGAGGUGUAUUCAGUGGGUGUGAUCGCUUCUGCCAUCUUCCUCAUCCUGCUGCUGAUAGGCCUCAUCAUCACACUCACAGUGGUCUGCUGCAAGCGCAGGAAGAAAGCUCUGAAAGCAGAAAAGGAAGGAGUGCCUGUAUAGAGAGUGUGUUCUUCCAUCAAACACACACACUGAGGGGAAGAUGCGGUACAGCUGAACUGGAGGAGAGCAGGAGGACAGAUCUGGUCCACAUUUCCACUGUCAAACACUGGAAUCAUUCCUUCCUUUAGUUUCUGUGAAACUGCCUCUGAAUAUGUCAGACAUAUUUGAUUCUUUCUUUAUCACUUCAUGCUGCUGUUCGACCACUCUUACUGUACACACUAGUCAUAUUGCUGAAGCUGUAAUAUUUCAUUCCUUGUCUUUAAUAUUUGGUGCGUGGUACCUCUGAUGACUGUAGAUAAACACUACCAACUGAUCUUAUUUAUUUCUUUUACGGUGUAUUUUCUAACUUGAAAUGACAUGGUGUCAUGGUGAUGAUUUUUUUGGGAGACUGCUGAAUGCAACACGUUAUAGGAAAUCUAGAAUAUAUUAUUUUUGUAUCCGAUGCUUAAUUUAUUGUGUUUAAUUGAAAUUAACAUAUUUGUAUAUAAUGCAGUUUUUUAGCUUUUUUUAUAUUUCAGAUUUUUGCAGAUAAUUUUAUUAUGUGGUGAAAUGUUGUAAUAAAUGUUUUAUUGAACACAAA